AUGGGGAACUGGAACCUGCUUCCCGACUUCCCAGCCAUCACAUUAUGGAGAUGUCCUCAACAUCAUGGGUACAGCAUGGUAGAGACUCACAAAAGUCCCCAACAGUCUGGCUACCAAUAUGGCGCCGUUGUGUUAUUCAAUGUUUUCAGUUUUAUUACAAAAGAUGCACCCUUUUACAAGUUUCACACGGUUGGUUGGACUUUGAAAUGGGUUAUCUUUGGAUGUUGUGGAAGCAGUAAAUUUAAUGUUCCAUUUGUUUCUAAAAAUCUUAGCUUCACAAACAAUGCAACAGUUCAGAAACAAAUUUAUUUAAUAAGGCUAUUUCAAAGUAAGCCUAGUGGGUCAGGAAGACUUCCUUUCAAGAAACAAACUGGAUUAACUGCAUUUCAUGAUUCAGAAGGAAAAGGAGCUGGUUUUAGACAACUCUUGAAACCAUUCUUUUUCACUCUUGGGUUUAGUGCAUCUAGCUUUGUGGGGGCAACAAUAUGGCAGUAUGAAAACAUGCGAGAACUAGCAUCUAGUUAUAUAAGAAGACAACAUAGUUGGUGGCAACAUGGGAAUGAAUCAUCUUACAAACAUGGAGAGCUACGAAGGCAGAUUAACUUGUGGUGGAACAGUUUAUCUGAAGGGCAGAAAGUAGCAUGGGGAAUUAUUGGUGCAAAUGCAAUUGUGGUGUUGCUAUGGCGAGUGCCUGCAUUACAGCCCUUUUUGAUGAAGUAUUUCUGUUCAAACCCAUCCUCAAAGGCUGUUUGUCUUCCAAUGAUCCUGUCUGUUUUUAGUCAUCAUUCCUUUGCUCAUUUUGCCAUCAACAUGUAUGUGCUUCACAGUUUUUCUACAACUGCUGUAGCUCUGUAUGGAAAAGACAGUUUAUGGCAGCAUAUCUCAGUGGAG